UUCUCUCACAUGAAAUUUUUGAAACACUCUUAUCCAAAGAAAAAUAGAGAGAGUUAAUUAUACGAAUAUGCACAGCAAUUACAUUACAUUUUUAUUUAUCUCGUUACACGUGAAUGAAAACUGUGAAGAAUCAUUAAUAAUUAGGUCCUUCACAGUGCAUUUGCAACCAUGAAUACCAUUAUCGAACGACUUAUGCUAGAUGUAUAAAUAAUGGCAACACGUCUUUUCUAAUUUUCGUACUCUUGAGAUUCUGGUACAUCGUUUGGUUACACUUGUUUUGUAUGAAAAUGUUGACCACCUCAUUAGAGCAGAAUGUUUUAUUCAACGAGGUGUUCGCUGAAGGCAAUGCGGCCCGUUAUAAUUGGAAUUAUUUCCUAAGUUCCUUCCAGUCAAUUUCGAUUCGAUUAUCAACAGGUAAACUUCACACUAACCAGAAUUAGUCGCCAUACUCGUUAUUCCGUAUACUAGAACUUAAAAAAUUCGGAUACAACGCCAUCUGCUGAUGAACACUAUCCUUUGCUGAAGAAUCUCUCAUCCAAAUGUUUGUUUUUCUCUCAUUUUGUCCAAUCAUUGAUUGAUCAAAUGAUUAAAAUACACUAUACCAUCGUGCUACUCAUUGUUGAUUGGUCAAUAUUUCCACCUUGUCUCAACAUUGGAAUGAUAUACUUAUAAUGUCUGUCCACACUCUAAUGCCUUAAGCAGAAUUCACAGGAAGCUUUUUGACACUCAAAAUGUCACAUUACCAGAUUGAAAUACACUUACUUUUGUAAUCAAUAAACAGAAGAACAUAUAGCACUUAAUUGAGAAGCAAAGCCUAUAGUAUUUAUGUAUAUGUAACCUGUAGCAGUCAGUAUCUCACAAAUUGUUACAUUUGCUUAUUAAAAAGAAUGUUGUCUGCAAUUGUGAAAGAGCAUCAAAGCAAGCAAGCAGCAAGGAAAGAGAGACAGGAACAAAAAAGAAAGGAAGCUGUUCAAGCUGCAAGCAACUUAACACAGGCUUUGGUUGAUCACCUAAAUGUAGGAAAUGUUUUAUACAGAGUAGCCCAAGCAUACUUGAAUCAAAAGAAAUUGGAUGCAGAAGCAAAACAAUUACAACAUAGUGCAACAAAUUUUGCAAAACAGACACAGUGUUGGUUGAAUUUAGUAGAAGCCUUUUCAAGUGCAUUGAAAGAAAUUGGUGAUGCUGAAAAUUGGGCACGCAGCAUUGAAGGGGAUAUGAGGACUAUAGCAACUGCUUUAGAAUAUUCUUAUAAGGCAACUCAAGAAGCUCAAGGACCCAGUGCUAACUGAACAAUGAACAUUCCAAAAGAAUUUAAUUGUAUAUUUGUUUAAAGAAUUGUUAUAAAUUAUGAUGUUAUUUUAUGUUACUAUCAGUAUGGUUCAAUAAAUUUAAAUAUGUUGGUUUUAUACAA